AUGCUUUCAUUACUCUCUUUAAUAAUUGCAUCAGGCACAGUUCUUCGGGCUGAUACUGAGCAGUGGGAGCCGGUUACAUAUCCCGAUCCACGAACAAAUGCAACCGAAUGCAAUGUGCCGUAUGAGGGAACACUGUGUGAUCCUGAUCAUAUAUUGACCGACACAUGGCGGCAGACAAUAUUGGAUAAUGUUUCUCAACAUAUGGCAAAACUUGAAGAUGCCAAAAUUUUAUAUAACGAAGAAGCCAGUCCAGAAUGUUACUCAAAUACUACCGAGCCUGUACAAAUUUUUAUUAUUCUUGCCAAACGUAUUCAUACUGCAAGUAAUCAAAGUAUCACCAGCAACGAUCUCACCCAAUUUGGACAUGGCCUACGUGAAGCCUUCGGCCUCGAUACGAUGUCGUGCAAAAAUUAUGUCCUCGUCCUAGGUGUUGAACUUGCGAAAGAGAUAUACCUUUGGACUGGUUCGGAUUUAGCAAUCCCAAAAGAGCAGCUGGACAAUUCCCUAGCUCAAUAUAAAAACUUAUUCACUGAGAGAAAUUAUAUGGAGGGACUCAACAAGAUUGUUGAUGAAAUCAGCUCACUUCUUCUUGACCCAUUCAAGGAACUAUCAACUACAACAAUUGCGGAGGAGACAACAGAAAACGUUGCUGCAACUACUUCGGAAACUUCAACUGCUUCCGAACAUACUGAAAGUGCAAUACCGAGCUGGGUAUAUGUCGUUAUUGUCAUUUGCGUUUGCACAACAUUUGCAGUCCUAAUUAUCUUCACAUUUUUCUUCAUCAAGUUCUUUAGAAACCGCAAAGGAACAACGCAAAUUUUCCCCAAAGCUCAGCAAAAUAAAUCCACAUCAAUAGUAGUUCAAAGAAACGAUGAUAACAAUCAAUUGCCCAUGAGUCAUGAGGUGAUUCAGCGAAAAUCUAGCAUUGACUCUGAAAACUCCCAUCACCCACGCAGUGAACAUGGUGAUAGUAUUGCAGACAAUAGCUCUAUUUCAAGUAUUGACCAGAAAAUUGAAGACGAGUAUUAUUGCCAAGAACCCGCUCAAAAAGUUGAAAUUUCUGACAAACGUCUAUCCACAGACAAUAUCAUUGCUCGACGAAACAGUGAUAUAAUAGAAACUCCAAGCACUUUGGAUAACCAGUUUUCAUCCCUGUAA